AUGCUAGCUGAUGAUGAGAUCGACCGCGUUAACAAGCGGUUGGAUGAGGCGCAAGGUAGUGCGCCCGAGGUUGAGACCCUCAAGAGUUACCUUGCCCAGGCCAAGGAGGAGGCGAAGGCGAAUAAAGCGGCCGCCGACAAAGCGGCUGCAGAAUUAAAGGCCGAACAGGUUGCCCGACGCCAGCAUGAAGAGAGGGUGGCCGAAGUGGAGCAAGAGCUGAAGGACACCAUCCGCAAGUGUGAGGCUUUGGAGGAGAAUACUAUGGCCGAAGCGGUCGAACUCGCCAAAGCCCUCCAAGAGGCCAAAGAGGCACGGACCGAGUCCCGUAGUGCUCGUGAGGAGAUCCAGCAGGCCGAACAGAUAGCGGCUGAUAAUGUCGUAAACAUCAAGGCUAUUUUACAUGCCGAGAAGUUGUACACAAGGGGAAGCAGUAUACAGGGCCUAAAAGAAAAGGCCCUAGCCUCCCCUAACUCCCAGCCGCAGCUAUCCCCCUCCUCCUCGGGAUCUCCGCCGCCUGCCCCUCGUUUUCCGGCGCCGGCCACCUCCACCUCGCCACUUGGCAGCCCCCCAUUGGCCAGCUACCACCGCGCCAUCGCCCUCCUCCUCUCCCUGCGCAGCAUGUCGCCCCAGCCCCGCGCCUACAGCCGCUCGGGCCCGCCGAAGCCCGUGCGCGGCCCGCCAGGCCUCGCCCCGAGCUGCCAGCGCCUCGCGCCAGGAACGCUCGCCUCCCGCCGCUCGGGAGCUCCUCCGCCGCCGCUCGCCGAAGCCCCAGCUCCUCCCGCCUCCUCGCACCGGCCAGCAGAACACUAG